CGCGAACGAGCGAUGCGAUCGGCAGCGCACCCCAAACAUUAUUUAUAUAGCGAGUGUCGGGAAAAAUCGAGACAUACAGAAAAUCGAAGCACAUUAUGUAUAGCACACGCAAUUGAAAUUAAUUCACGCGUCGCUGCCCAUCUGCAUAAGUUCAAUGGAAGCGGAGGCAAAAGCCGGAGCAAAAGCAAAGCCCACAAGACCGAGAAGAAAUGUGUGAAGAAAGUGCAACAAAAUCAAAUUAAGAAAUCAACAGAAAAAAAAGUGCGCCUAACAACAAUAAAACAAUUAUCUCGUGUUCGUACAUUUGUUAACCAAAGGUUAAUUAAGGAGACUGCAAUUAUUUCGAGUUGCAGUUACGUUAAAAAUACGAAAAACAUUGCCUUUGUGAUUAUGUGUUUUCAUUCAUAAACUUUUGUUCUGUGUCAAUUUUUACGUCGUCUUGGGCAGAAUCCAAAAUAUUUGUACACCAUAACCGAGAACAAGAAAUUAAAAUCCGAAAAAAGAACAGCUGAAGAACUUGCAGUCAACAGAGCUAUCCCCUGACCAGACAUAUUAAGAAAUCCCUGCAAAUAUGACACUCUUGCCAGAUAUCAAGGCUUCAGAUGCCGCCUGUUGUGUGGGUGGGGCAAAUAGUGAUGCCAGCAGCAGUUCUGGUGGCAGCCACAAAGGAAAUCACCACGAAAGUGGUUGCCUGGGCAUCAAUUGUUGCACCACCGCAGCCAGUUCGGAGUUGUCCAUCGAUGACACCUCAUCGAACUCGUCAAGGGGUUCCUCUAACUUGGCCACCAAGGUGACCAAUGACCUGAAUGGAUUCCAGAAGCCAAACUAUCAUCAGGCAGUGGCCCAUGCCAAUUUCGAUCACUGCGAUCCCGUGGAUAUUGAGUUCUCCGAUGUGAGAUACACAGUGAAGAAGUUCUCGUUUCCGGAAAGGAAAUUCGUCACCAAGGAAAUCCUCCAUGGUCUCAAUGGCAGUUUUCGCUCUGGCGAACUCACAGCAAUUAUGGGGCCCUCGGGAGCUGGCAAAAGUACGCUUUUAAAUGUCAUGUCCGGUUUUUGUUCCACUGGAGUGUCGGGGAAUAUACGGGUAAAUGGAAAGCCAAUGGCUCCCAGCUCGGAAAGAUUCCGCCAAAUGCUGUGCUACAUCCAUCAGGAUGAUCUUCUGCGUCCACAGUUAAUGGUCGGAGAGAUAAUGCUGCUCGCGGCUCAUUUGAAACUCGGCUUCAAGGUCACAAAAGCCUAUAAACUGGAUCUGAUCAAACACAUCUUAUCGCUGUUGGGUCUGGACCAUCGCUACAAUGUGCCCACAGGGAAGCUUUCGGGUGGACAGAAGAAGCGACUCGCAAUCGCUCUGGAGCUGAUAAGUAAUCCUCCCGUACUAUAUCUGGACGAGCCGACGACGGGUUUGGAUAGCUCAUCGUGCAGUUCGUGUGUGGCACUGCUAAAGAAACUGGCGUCACAGGGUCACACGAUAGUAUGCACGAUCCAUCAGCCCAGUGCCCUGAUCUUCGAGAUGUUCGAUAAGCUAUAUACCGUGGUGGAUGGCCACUGUAUGUACCAGGGUCCGGUGAGGGAACUGGUUCCAUUCCUGGCCGAUCAGCAACUCGACUGCCCGAGUUAUCACAAUCCAGCCGAUUAUCUACUGGAAGUGGCCGUGGGCGAGCAUCAACGUGACCUGAAUGAACUAAUCCAUGCGGCCAAUAAAAAGUAUUACGAGGAUGUCGAUCGCUAUCGCUAUAUGAGCAGUGCCGAUAUGUCACGCCUCGUGGCAUCAAUUAAAGACAACAUUGACGGUAGGUCGCUGGGAAAAUCCAGUCGUGAGCUGCCGACAGUUGCGCUGGCGCAAUUCUCCAGCUUCGAUUAUGUGAAAGCAUCGCCGCAGGAAUUGGCUCUGGAGGAGAUCAAGGCACUUAGUGGUCCCACAGAGGUUGUGGACCCAGAUCAUCUGGAGAAAAGUCUGCAGCAACAGCCGCCAGCUGUCAAUGCCAAAGAGCUUGCCAAGCCCCCGAGUGCCAUCAGAUCGGCCUCGUUCCUCAUGCAGUAUCUACUCCUGAUGCAGCGCAUCUUGAUCUGUGCCAAACGAAAUUACUUUCUUCUGCUGGCCCGCAUCUUUUCGCACAUUUUCAUUGGAGUCGUCUUUGGCUAUCUGUACAUGAACGUGGGCAACAAUGCCCAGAGUGUGCUGGGAAAUUACGUGUAUCUCUAUGGUUCCACGCUGCUCUUGGUCUACACCGGCAAAAUGGCUGUGGUCUUGACAUUUCCGCUGGAAAUUGACAUGCUGACACGGGAGCACUUCAAUCGCUGGUACAAACUGGGCCCCUACUUCCUCUCGCUGAUCUCCUUCGAAAUACCCUUCCAGAGUCUCUGUACCGCCAUGUACAUCAUCAUAAGCGUCCAUCUCACCGGCAAUGAUGUCGUGGAUUCAUUCCGGAUCUAUUACUUUAUGCUGCUAGGCAUAAUGGCCUCAUUGAGUGCUCAGGCCUGGGGCUUUUUCGUGGGAGCCACGCUGCCAACUAAGCUUGCCGUUUUUCUGGGACCCAUUCUGGCGGUGAUGUUCUCCGUUUUUGGAUUCUGCACACGCUAUAUUGACAUCACUCCCCUUUUCCGAUGGAUGUGGCACUUGAGCUAUUUCCGCGCUGGAUUCCACGGGGCGUUGAAUGCCAUCUAUGGGAUGGAUCGACCUUUCCUGGAGUGUCCGGACACUGCGAUGUACUGUCAUUUCCGCAGCCCGAAGGUUUUCCUCAAGUACAUGAUGAUAUCGGACGUGCACAUGUCCGAUUGUCUAAUCCUCAUGGGAACCGUGAUAGGAGUCAUGCACGUGCUGACCAUCAUAACACUGUGGCACAAGCUCAACAGACGAUAG